AAACAGCUGUAUAUUUGAAUUCUUUUUCAACAAUUUUAUUCGAGCUCAUCAUUUAUAUACAUAUCUAUCAAUAAUUGGGUUUAGUUUAUUUGUUUAUUGCAAAAGUAAAGUUAGUGACGACGUAAGGUAAUAAUUAAAAUUAAAAUGUCCGUUUGUACUGCUGCUGAGAUAGCAGAAAAGCGUCGCAUUGCAUUAGAGAAGUUAGCUGCUAAAAAACAACGUUUAGCAGCCGAAGCAAAAUUAACGCCUCCAGUGCAACAGCAACGUACUACUGCAGGUGCCAUAUCAACAAAUAGCUUCUUCAAGCAACAAAAUCAUACACAAACGCAUAAUCCUACAAAUACAACUGCAAAACCACCGCAAAAUACUAGCGCUAAGCCCUCGUCAGCAGCAAUCAAUUUUCUAAAUGAUUUAAAGCGUAGUAACAUUGGUAAGUAUGCUAAUAAUGCGCGCGAUGCAGCACAACCUUAUCCGCGGAGCCCAUUUCACAACAAAUCAACUGCGGCUGCAACACAUACAGCCAGCAAUACGAACAAACAAACUCUAGCACCGAUUUUCGUUGUCAGCGUUAGCUGUAAGGUGUAUAUGAUCAGUAAUACACGCUUUGUGGUACAGCCUUCAUGUUUCCACGGCAAACUUAUUGAUGUUUUUAAAACUAUACCGUCAAGAUCGUAUGAUAAUGGCAAACAAAUAUGGAGUUUUGGACUACAAGAUUAUGAAUUGUUGCAAGAACGCGUCAGCGGUAUGAAACCAGACGUAAGCAUUGGUACUUUGCCAAAGAGUGUUAUUUCAGUGUGCCGUGCACCGCCUGUAGAAAUUGAACGCUCCUGCUUAUCCUCGAUCGAACCAAAAUUAGCACAGAAACUAUUACCUUUCCAGCAAGAAGGAGUUUGUUUUGCUAUUGCGCAUCAUGGCCGUCUCAUGAUUUGUGAUGAAAUGGGUCUGGGCAAAACUUACCAGGCGCUCGCUGUGGCUGAUUUUUAUAAAGAAUCGUGGCCUUUAUUGAUUUGCACCACCGCCUCAGUUAGAGAGUCCUGGGCCAAUCAUGUGCGCGAACUUCUACCCAGCUUACCCGUCUACUACGUACAAACGCUGCUAAGUAAUCAGCAAUAUUUCCAUGACGCUAAAGUGCUUAUCACCAGUUACAAUAUGAUGGAUAAACAUGUGGAGAAGUUAUUGGAGCGUAAAUUCGGUUUCAUCAUCUUCGAUGAAUCUCACACUUUAAAAAAUGCCAAAACCAAAUGCGCAAUGGUUGCGGAGCGUUUAACACAAAAUGCACGACAUGUGAUAUUGCUUUCUGGCACACCAGCGCUUUCGCGUCCAUUAGAACUGUUCACACAAAUUCAUCUCAUCGAUCGCAAAUUUAUGACAUACAGAGAAUAUACUACACGUUACUGUGAUGGCAAGCAAACACAUUUUGGCUGGGAUGCUUCGGGUCAGUCGAAUUUGGACGAGCUGAAUGUGGUGCUAAAAGCGAAAUUCAUGAUAAGACGCACUAAAGAGGCUGUGCUGCCGCAAUUGGCGGAGAAGAAUCGCGAAACCGUUGUUCUAGACCCAGAGCUUUUGACAACCAGCACCGACACGAAGCAAAAUUUAGAAACGCUUAGUAAGGAUUUCUCCGCAAGCAAAGGGCGUGAACGCGAAGAUAUACUACUAAGAUUCUAUUCAACAACGGCCGAAGUCAAAGCGCGUGCGGUGUGCGCAUACUUGAAAAACUUGGUGAAGGACAAAAUCAAAUUCAUUGUGUUUGCACAUCAUCGCAUCAUGAUGGACGCCAUUACCGAUUGCUUGUGCAGAUUAAAUGUGAAUUUUAUACGCAUUGACGGCACUACCAAGAAUGAGGCGCGAGGCGAAUAUAUAGAAAAAUUUCAAACUAAAUCAGAGUGUCAAGUUGCUGUGCUCUCAUUGCGCGCCUGUAAUGCUGGCAUCACACUGACGGCCGCUGAGAUGAUUAUUUUCGCCGAAUUGGACUGGAAUCCAAGUACCUUAGCGCAGGCAGAAAGUCGCGCUCACCGCAUCGGUCAAAAUAAACCGAUAAUUUGCCGUUAUUUAAUGGCCCCCAAAACAGCUGAUGAUGUCAUUUGGAACAUGCUGAAAAACAAGCAAGAGGUUUUAAAUAAGGCCGGACUGUUUUGUGAGAACUUACAAGAUGCCACGCAUACCGCAGCGCCUACAGGGUCACAUAAAAUCGAAAGCUACUUUUCGCCGAUGAAGAAGGUUGAGUCACCACAAACAAGCACAGCAACUAACGCUGUGAGCUUUAAACCACAACCAACCGCUGCUGUUACAGUCGAUGCCGCGAAGAAGUUGGACUUGAGCAAAGAAUUGGAGAAUAUCGAUGAAUUAUUCAUGGAUGACGAUGAUGAUGCCUUCAAGGACAUUGCGUUUUGAUUUUUGUUUGUGUUUUCCCUUGUGUCCAAAGUAACGUUUGUGAAGUCAUAGAUAGCGCAUGAGACUGUGAAGUAUUAUAGUUGGCUAUAAAUACAUAUAUUUAUAUUUUUACUGUUAUACCGUACCUUGUGCCACCAAUAAAUUUACACGAAUUUUGUAUUAUUAAAUAAUUAUAAACAAUAAAUUGCUAUGGUUGAAUAUUCAUGAAA